CCUUUUUUUAUUUUUAUUUUUUUUUGAUAUUUUCAUUUGUCUCUCCCUCUAUUUCAUCAUUAAUCUUUUUUUUUGUUCUACUUUUGUUUGAAGUAUGAGAAUACAUUAGUAAUAAGUAAGUAAUCUCUGUUUGUCUCUUUGGAUCAUAAAGAUUUGUUUUUUUUUCUUUCUUUCUUGCUGAGAGACGCUAAUCUCCGGUGUGAAAGCUUUAUCUUCGUAGAGACGUCACGUCAUCAUCUCUGACCAGGAGAGGGGCGAGUCAUCAUCUCUUCUUCUUCUUCUUCUUCUCGACGACUGUGGCAAGUUUGAGUGUGAAGAAGAGAGCAACUUGGAGACUUGUUGUUGAGACCCAAAACAAAAAAAGCUUCAGCAGUCAGAAUGGAAACAAGCGACAGAAUUAGCUCUGGUGGAGGCGUGACUGUUAUUGGAGCUGAAGCUCCAUCUCCGUAUCACAUGGCUCCUAGACCAUCUGAGACUGAGACCCCCCCUUUUAACCACUUCCUCGGUUCAUCUCUCUCUCCCUUGGACCCUCCUUUGCCUUCCUCAGGGAAAAAGAGGAGGGGCAGGCCUCGUAAAUAUGAACCUAAUGGCACUCCUUCUUCUUCAUCAACAACUCCUCUUGUCAAGAAACGAGCCCAAAGACCCAAGCUCAAUGGUGCUUUUGAUUUCAACAUCCAUAAGACCACCUCUCGUUUCCCUUCUUCUUCUGGUCAAAAGUUUGGACUUGGGAGUGGUGUUGGAUCAAAUUUCACACCACAUAUAAUCACAGUGAACACUGGUGAGGAUAUUACCAUGAGGAUCAUCUCCUUUUCACAACAAGGACCACGAGCUAUUUGUAUCUUAUCAGCAAAUGGCGUGGUAUCAAACGUUACUCUUCGCCAGCCAGAUUCAUGUGGUGGUACUCUCACCUACGAGGGUCGGUUUGAGAUACUGUCCCUGUCUGGUUCUUUCAUGGAAACAGAGAACCAAGGAGGAUCAAGAGGUCGGUCUGGUGGCAUGAGCGUCUCUUUGGCGGGUCCUGAUGGUCGUGUUGUUGGUGGUGGUGUGGCCGGUUUGCUCAUUGCCGCCUCUCCGAUUCAGGUUGUUGUUGGCAGUUUCAUAACGAGUGAUCAACAAGAUCAUCAGAAACCGAGGAAGCAAAGGGUUGAGCAUACCCCUGCCACGGUCGUGUCAUUGCCUACUCCUCCUCCUCCUCCGGCUUCUGUUUUCUCAUCGUCAAACCCAGACAGAGAGCAGCUGCCAUCUACAUUCUGGACCAACGGACCGAGAAACUCAGCCACUGACAUCAACAUAUCUUUACCAGAUGACUGAGUCUCACGCAAGAUGGAAGAUUAGGUUUCAGAUUAACUCUCUGCUGUGUCUGUACAAUGGUUGUUAGGAGGAUUGAGUGAAUGAAGCUGAAUGUUAUCUGAUAGUUGAAGCUUAAUGUUAGUUACUCUGUACGCUUUUCUUUUAGAACAACCUGAGAGAGCUUCUUCUACUUUUAGGGCAACUUUCUCUGAUGACUUGUAGUGGUGACUAAGUGAGGUUUACUCUUUUUAAUUGCGGAUUAUUCAUCUGUGUUUCCCAUCUUUAGUUGAUGAUUCCUAUAUUUUGUGAUGUUUUACACUUU